CGCCUGGCUGUGGUAAAAAAGGGCGACCGACCGAGGAUGGGUCCCCCGCCCCCGCCCCUUGUCGUCGCCCAAUUGUUGCUCGUGGGGGAUAUACAAUAGAAACGCGCAACUCCCACAGAAACGCGGCAUGGUGGCUAGGUUUCUUUUGUCGUCCAUCACACCGACCGCUCGUUUCUUGGUUCGGGGUCAGUCAACUUGCCGAGCCGCUGCCAGCCGCCUGCCAAACAACCCCAGAGAACCAGUAGCAAGGGAGCAAAGAAAAAAAAAAAAAAAAAAAGGGUGAGACGGAGCCGAAAUCAUGGCCCCCUCAAUCCUGACCGCGAGUCUUCAGCUGCUUUCUUUGGGUGUUGCCCUGGUUGCCGCUUCGCCCUGCGUCAAGACGUGCCCUCCUGAUUUGAAGGAUCGGCUCGUCACCGAGACCACCAACGGGCGAGUCAUUGGCCACGUCGCGUCAAACACGUCGUGUGUGGUCGAGUACCUUGGCAUCCCUUAUGCGAAGCCACCCGUAGGUCAGCUUCGCUUCGCCGCUCCCGAAAAGAUCACCGGCCCGCCUUCCACCUACGAAGCGGCCAAAUAUGGACUCGACUGCCCCUCGGUCCCGUCCGCCCCGCCCACCUUCCCGGACCUGACGCCGCAGGCCCUGCGCAUCGUCAGCUACUUCGCCGGCGCCUCGGGAACCCCGCAGGGCGAGGACUGCCUCACCCUCAACGUCUGGUCCCGGGCGUCGGCCAAGCAACCCGCCGCCAAGAAGCCCAUCCUCGUCUUCUUCCACGGCGGCCGCUUCGCCAUCGGCAACACCAACAGCCCCAUGUACACGGGCAAGUACCUGGCCGAGGCCGAGGACCUCGUCGUCGUGACCGUCACCUACCGCCUCAGCGUCUUUGGCUUCCCCGGCGCCCCCGGCCUCGAGUCGCAGAACCUGGGCAUCCGCGACCAGCGCGCCGCCGUCGAGUGGGUGCGCGACAACGCGGCCGCGUUUGGCGGCGACGCCUCCCGCAUCACCAUCUCGGGCCAGUCGUCGGGCGGCGUCGCCGUCGACUACUGGACCUACGCGUACAGCGACGACCCCAUCGCCCACGCCAUCGUCGCCACCUCGGGCAACGCCUUUAGCUUCCCCGUCAACGCCCCCGGGGUCCCGGAGCGGAACUGGAACACGGUCGUCGAGGCCGUGGGGUGCGGCGCCGACGCCGACGAGAUGGCCUGCAUGCGCCGCGCCAACUGGUCCGCCAUCAACGCCGCGGCCGGCGCCGUCCGCCCGGCCGCCAGCUCCAGCGUGCUCCGGUCCGUGCCGGCCUUUUACCCGAUCCCGGACGGCGAGAUUGUGUUUGCGCCCGAGGAGUACGUGAACAGGACGGCGCAGAACUCCUUCGCGCCGAUCCCCACCCUCAUGGGCCACAACCACAACGAGGACGGCUACUACCGCCUGCCCGUGUUCCGCAACGGCGUGAUCCCCACGCCCGCGCAGGUGCAGACCUUCCUGCUCGAGUCCUUCACCUGCCCCGUGUCGUUCCAGUCGCAGGCCAGGGCCGCGCGCGGCGUGCCGGCCUUUGCCUACCGCUUCAUGGCCGACUGGGACAACACGCGCCUGUUCCCCACCAGCGGCGCCUACCACGGCGUCGACCUGCACAUGGUCUUUGGCGCCUCCCAGGACACGAGCGGCCUGCCGCCGUCGCCCGACCAAAAGAGGCUGACCCGCCUGAUGCAGCGCAUGUGGGCCAGCUUCAGCGCCGACCCCGCCGAGGGCUUGACCAAGGCCCUGGGCUGGCCCGUCUGGGACCCCGAGAGCGAGACCCUGGCGGUGCUGGGCAGGAACAACAGCCCCGGCGUGUCGUACGUCAAGCCGGGCGAGUUUGAUGCGCUGUGCGGGACUGUCACCCUUGGAGCGCUGGGCGUACCUGUUUAGCAAAUGGAUCCAUGACGGAGCGUCGAUUGGAUCAUGCAUGUAUGAUGCGAUUUUUGUUGCAGACUUGUAUAUCUGAGGCCACAAACCCGAGUGCUAGUAACCUGCAAAGGUCUGC